GACUUUCACUGAUAGGUAGCUAAUGAUAUAAGGAGUAACUUUUUUAGACUAGCUUCGCCCUGCGGCGUCACCUGCAGUUAUUGUCGUACCGCGCGCAGCAUGGCGGGACUCGCCUAUCAAUAAUAAAAUUUAAUGUUCCCGAAACGAAGGACGGGUCGCUAGUCUACAAUAAAAAUUAACCUGUCAUUUUAGUAAUCACAGUCCCUAUAUAUUAUUCGGUGUGAUUAAAAAUUGUGUGUGAAGUUGAAGAUUAAAAUGAUUAAUCGACCAGCUAUUUCUUAUCUAAAGUAGGGUGAGUCACACCAAAAUAAACGUCAAUAUUGUAGAAGCUAUUAAUGUUUGGUUGACGAUUACGAAUUAAUGUAAAUUCAGUGAUGUAAAUACACAUUUAUAAAUGGCCGCUCAAACGCUUCACAGCAAAAUGGAAAUCUCAGACAUUAGAAAAUCCAAACAGGUUUUAUAUGAAGAUAACCAGUGCGUAGUUUUCGAUGAAGAAUUAGACAGGCAAGCGCCAAUACACUUUCUCGUAGUACCGAAGAAGGUAAUUCCAGUCAUGUCGGAAGCAUCAGUGGAUGACGAAAAAAUUAUUGGUCACCUCUUAUUGGUUGCAAAUGAAGUAGCCACAAAAAAAGGAUUAUACCGACAAGGAUACCACGUGUUUUUAGAUGAGAAUCACAAAAUAAUGAAAUUGAAAGCUCUUCACGUAUUCGGACGAGCUUUACAUCACAUGGUCUGGCCGAGCGGUCCGGGGGCGAGACUUUAACUAGCAAUCAUGAAUUCGCAAUACUUUGUUAAGCAUUAUACAUUAUUGUAAUUAAUAAAUUAAAAAAAAAAUACUUUUUGUAUUAUUUUCGCAUCAUGAAACUAGUUAGUUUAGCCCUUCUAACAUGAAUCCCGUUAAUUAACUGAGAUUUGAAGCCCAUAGUAGUGUUAAUUCAUAUUUCCAUACUUAGCUUCCCAUAUUUUUAGACAUCAGAAAUGGUUUUAAUAUGGCAGUAUGGUCACGUACUCUUUGCCUACUCAAUGGACAAUUGUAAAGAUUCAACUGUCAAUUACAAACCCAAAAUGAGUGCCAAAAUGUCGUUUUCUCGUCUUUCAUAUAAACAUGGCGGACGGUGAGGUGAAACUCGCACAAACUGCCGCUCCAGGCGGUGAUACAAUCUUUGGGAAAAUAUUACGUAAAGAAAUCCCUGCAAAUUUCAUUUACGAAGACGAACAAUGCGUAGCGUUCAAUGAUGUGAACCCACAAGCUCCUACUCAUGUAUUGGUGAUACCAAGGAAGCCUAUUCCACAGCUCUCGCUGGCUGAUGACACUGAUGAACAGUUGUUAGGACAUCUUCUAAUUGUUGCCCGUAAAGUUGCUGCCCAGCUAGGCCUGGACAAGACAGGCUUCCGCCUAGUUGUUAACGAUGGAAAGAAUGGCGCCCAAAGCGUUUACCACCUUCACAUUCAUAUCCUCGGAGGAAGGCAGAUGCAGUGGCCACCUGGCUAAAUUAUUGUCUAUAGCAAUUUAAAAAUUUCAUGGCAAAAAUUAAAUUUUACGUCUUUAGAAAUUAGCAGUCUUUAGUUGAAAUAGCUAAGCAAUUUAAUAUAAGUAAGUCGGUUUUGCACAGACAUGUAACAAGAAUAAUCUCAAAGUGGUCUUGAAUUAUUUGUGGAAGUCCAGAGGUUUAAAAGGUAGAUAAAUAUGAAAAUGAUCAGAAUUAAAUAAAAAUAACAAUUCUGUUUUUCCUUUGAAGUGUUUGAAGUGUCCCCCGACAGACAGAUUCGUUUUGUUUUAAAAAAAAAUUUAUACAAA